CACCAAAAUGACACAUUACUAAACCAAACAGUUUCAUGGGACAACAUGUGAAGACCUUACAAGUCCACUGUCCUGUCCUCAUAGUGAGAAAAUAAGAUCAACAAACUGAAAAUCAACAAUUCUUCUCAGAUCCAUGAGAGAAUUGAGGUCACAGAGUAAAUUGCUGGCCCAAGAAAUGGAAAGAGGAGUGCAUAGCAAGAAUCACGGUUUACCAGAAGUAGAAGUCCAAGAGUAGAGCCCUCCCAUGCCCAGCCCUUGCUCCCCUCCCUCCUGCCCUUCCCCCACCAGGACUGUUAGGAACAGUUAAACUGUAACAGGUGAAUUUCUAGAGGCUUGUGGGUGAGAGUUAAAAACUACCAGGGCCUUGUAUUGGGGAGAAGGGCUCUGCGCUUUCAUGAAUUUUACUUCCAGAAGCCCCACCAGAGUCUCAGAAAAGUCCUCUCCUGUUUCUGGCAGUAGGAGGGGAAAAGAAACCAUUUUGAAAUAUAUCCAAAGCAUUCUGUUCUCCUUAACAAAAGCCUGCCGUAAAAGAUACUACUUCACUAAAGCCUAACAGACCUGGGUUUUACCUAACAGAACCUAACUGACUUGGGGAAUGGGAAGUACCCAUUUCCAGCCUAUUCUAGACUUUUGGUUUCACCUUAGGGGGAAGAAGAAAGCUGAGUAACACCUGUGAAAGUCACAGUCCAGGGGCACAGGCUCCCUAAAAGGCUGAGACCUAAUUAUAGCACUAUGUACCUUAACUACCAUAUCAGUCAUGGUCCUGGAUAAUAACAUGGGAUUAUCAACAGCAAGGCUCAAACUCUUGUAAGAGAAAGCCUAAGGCAUCAGGAAAGACAAAAACAGUGACACUAGAGGAAUUUUUAGCCUCUUGCCACCUAAAACCAACAGUAAACGCAGCUUACCUCCUAGCCAGAUACACAUACAACCUCACACUAAAGGCCUUAGUUCCUUUUACACAAUGCAUCAUGUCUGGCUUUCAACAAAAGAUUACAAGGCACACUAAAAGGCAAAACACAGUUUGAAGAGACUAAUGAAGCAUCAGAAGAACCAUAGUCAGAUACAGAAGAGAUUAUUGAAUGAUCAGACUGAGCAUUUAAAAUAUGUAUAAUUAAUAUGCUAAGGGUUCUAAUGGAAAAAGUGGGCAAAAUUCAAGAACAGAUAGAUAUAAGCAGAGAGGUGGAAACUCUGGAAAGAAUCAGAAUUAAUGCUAGAAAUGAAACACUGUAAGAGAAAUGAAGAAUGCCUUUUGGGUCCCCAGUAGACUGGACUGGGGCCAAGGAAACAGUCAAUGAGUUUGCAGAUUCGUCAAGAGAAACUUGCCCAACUGAAAAGCAAAGGGAAAAAAAGAAAAAAAAAAUUACCAGAACAGAAUGUUUAAGAACUAUAGGACAAUUAAAAGCUAUAAAAUAUGUGUAUUGGGAAUACCAAAAGAAUAAAGAGGAAAAGAAGAAAUAUUUGAAGUAAUAAUGGCUGAGACAUUUCCCCAAAUUGAUGACAGUCAUCAAACCACAAAUCUAGGAAGCACAGAGAACGCUAUGCAGGCAAAUUUCAAAAAAUCUGUGCUUAGACAUAGCAUAUUAAAACUGCAGAAAAAGACAAAAGAGAAAGUCUUGAGUAAAUCCAGAAGAGAUAAAUACCUUACCUGUAUAAGGCUCAAGGGUAAGAAUUACACUAGAUUUCUAUUCAGAAUCCACAUAAGCAAAUCAGAAAAAACAGUUAACCUUGAAGUCUGUACAGGCGUAUCUUGUUUUACUGUCCUUUGCUUUACUGAAUUUUGCACACUCUGUGUUUUUUGCAAAUUGAAGGUUUGUGGCAAUCCUGCAUCAAACAAGUAUGUUGGUGCCAUUUUUCCAACAACAAUUUCUCACUUCAUGUUUCUGUGUCAUAUUUUGAUAACCCUCACAAUAUUUCAAACUUUUCCAUGAUUAUUAUAUUCGGUAUGGUGCUCUGUGACCAGUGAUCUUCAAUGUUCCUCUUGUAAUUGUUUUGAGGUGCCACAAGCGUGCCAGGAUAAGAUGGUGAACUGAAUUAAUAAAUACUGUCUGUAUUCUGACUGCUCCACUGACCAGCUGUUCCCCCAUUUCUUGGGCCUCCCUAUUUCCUAAGACAUAGGAAUAUUGAAAUUAAGCCAGUUACCCUAUCAUGGCUUCUAACUGUUCAAGUGAAAGGAAGAGUUGUACGUCUCUCACUUUAAAUUGAAAGCUAGAAAUGAUGAAGCUUAGUGAGGAAGUCAUGUCAAAUGCCGAGACAGGCCAGAAGGUAGGCCACUUGCACCAAAAAGCUAGCCAAGUUGUGAAUGCAAAGGAAAAGUUCUUGAAGAAAAUUAAAAGUGCUGCUCCAGGGAUCACACGAAUGAUGAGAAAGCAAAGUAGCUUGUUUACUGAUAUGUAGAAAGUUUUAGCGGCUUGGAUAGAAGAUCAAACCAGCUACAACAUUCCCUUAGACCAAAUGCUAAUCCAGACCAAGGCCCUAACUCUCUUCAAUUCUGUGAAGGGGAGAGAGACGUGGAAGCUGCUAAAGAAAAGUUUGAAGCUAGAAGGGGUUCACGAAGUUUAAGGGAAGAAUCCAUAUUUGUAAUAUCAAAGUGCAAGGUAAAGCAGCAGGGCUAACGUAGAAACUGUAGCUGGUUAUCGAGAAGAUAUAGCUAGCUAAGAUAAUUCAUGAAGGUGGCUGCAUUAAACGGCAGGUGUUCAACGUAGACCAAACAGCCUUCUAUUGGAAGAUGUCAUCUAGGACUUUCAUAGUAGGAGAGGAGAGGUCAGUGCCUCACCUCAAAGCUUUAAAGGACAGACUGACUCUCCUGUCAGGGUAUAAAGCAGCUGGUGACUUCAAGUUGAAGUCAGUGCUCAUUCGCCAUUCCAAAAUCCUAGGGCCCUUAAGAAUUAUGUUAAACUAUUCUGCCUGUGCCCUGUAAAUGGAACAACAAAGCCUGGAUGGUAGCACAUCUGUUUACAACAUGAUUUAACUGAAUAUUUUAAGCCCACUGUUGAGACCUACUGCUCAGAAAAAAGAAAAACAAACAAACAAAAGAUUCCCCUUAAAAUAUUCCUGCUUGUUGACAGUGCACCUGGUCAGCCAAGACAUCAGUUGGAGAUGUAACAACAUGAUGUUGUUUUCAUGCCGGCUGACACAGCAUCCAUUCUCCAGCCCAUGGAUCAAGGAGUAACUUCAACAUUCAAGUUUUAUUAUUUAACAAAUACAUAUUGUAAGGCUAGAACUGCCAUAAAGAGUGAUUCCUCUGAUGGUUCUAAGCAAAGUCAAUUGAAAACCUUCAGGAACAGAUUCACCAUUUUCCAUGCCAUUAAGAAAAUUGGUGACUGAUGGGAAGAGGUCAAGAUACCAACAUGAAUAGGAGUUUGGAAGAAGUUGAUUCUCAUCCUCGUGGAUGACUUUGAGGGGUUCAGGACUUUAUUGGGGCACGUGACUACAGUUGGGGUGGAAACAGCCAGAGAACUAGAAUUAGAAGUGGAGCCUGAGGAUGUGACUGCACUGCUGCCAUCUUGUGAUCAAAGUUGAACGGAUGAGGAGCUGCUUGUUACAGAUGAGCAAAGAAAAUAUAUGGCAUAUCAGUUCCUCUGGCUAUUUCAUCCCCCUGUAAGCUGGCAGCUCUGAUACUGUCUCCUUUGGGAUUAAAACAGACUAAAAGCAACACCUAUGGGGGACUGAGAAGAAGCUGGAUUGGGCGGAGGGAGAAGUUGAGCUUCCGCACAGUCCCAACGAAAAUCUCAGUCACCUGCAUGGGGGCCUGUCAGCCAGCCUUUCCUGAAACAAACCACCCACCAUAAUGGAUGCAGACUGCUCCUGGAAGGUUGUAUGACCCUGGGCAAGGCAGUUUUCUUGAGACUCUGUGAAAUAAGUUUCUACAAUGAUUUGUUCGACACUCAGGAGAGUUGGCCACAUGCAUAUCUACCUGGUGAGGAAGGCCAGCGGUGUCUCCAAAGGCCAUCAUCAACAUACUGUGGGCUCAAGACCUGCUGCUUCAGAGUUUGCUGCCCGAGGAGCUUCGGGCAACGUGCUGGAGCUGCUGGGCAAAUCCUACCCUCAGGACAACUACAGCAACCUCUCCCGGAAAGUUCUCUCCAGGGUUGGCAGGAAUCUGCACAAUCAGCAGCAUCACCCUCUUUGGCUGAUCAAGGAGAGGGUGAAGGAACACUUCUACCAGCAGUAUGUGGGCCGCUUUGGGACUCCGCUGUUCUCAGUUUAUGACGACCUUUCUCCAGUGGUCACCACCUGGCAGAACUUUGACAGCCUGCUCAUCCCAGCCGACCACCCCAGCCGGAAGAAGGGAGACAACUAUUACGUGAAUGGGACUCACAUGCUGCGAGCUCACACGUCCGCACACCAGUGGGACCUGCUGCAUGCUGGGCUGGAUGCCUUCCUGGUGGUGGGUGAUGUCUACCGGCGCGACCAGAUAGACUCCCAGCACUACCCAGUGUUCCACCAGCUGGAGGGUGUCCGACUCUUCUCGAAGCAUGAGUUAUUUACUGGCAUAAAGGAUGGAGAAAGCCUGCAGCUCUUUGAACAGAGUUCUCGUUCUGCCUAUAAACAGGAGACACAUACCAUGGAGGCCACAAAGCUCGUUGAAUUUGACCUUAAGCAAACGCUUACCAGGCUUGUGACACACCUUUUUGGAGAUGGACUGGACAUUAGGUGGGUAGACUGCUACUUCCCUUUUACUCAUCCUUCCUUCGAGAUGGAGAUCAACUUCCACGGAGAAUGGCUAGAAGUUCUUGGCUGUGGGGUGAUGGAACAGCAACUAGUAAAUUCAGCUGGUGCUCAAGAUCAGAUCGGUUGGGCUUUUGGCCUGGGAUUGGAAAGACUGGCCAUGAUCCUCUAUGACAUCCCUGAUAUCCGCCUCUUCUGGAGUGAGGAUGAGCGUUUCCUGAAGCAGUUCCGCGUGUCAGAUAUCAACCAGAAGGUGAAAUUUCAGCCUCUUAGCAAAUAUCCUGCUGUGAUAAAUGACAUCUCAUUCUGGUUACCCUCUGAGAAUUAUAUAGAAAACGAUUUCUAUGACUUAGUACGAACAAUUGGAGGAGACCUGGUGGAAAAAGUUGAACUGAUAGACAAGUUUGAACAUCCAAAAACAACCAAAUUAAAUCUGGGAGCUGGCCAUCCCUCCUACUUGGAGCACCAGGAUUUUACUUUUCCAGGACACACAAGACAAGCCACUGCUACCGCAUCACCUACCGCCACAUGGAGAGGACCUUGUCCCAGAGAGAGGUCAGGCGUGUCCACCAGGCUGUGCAGGAGGCCGCCGUGCAGCUGCUGGGAGUGGAGGGCAGAUUUUGAUGGCACUGCUUGGACCAGGCUGCAGCCUCUCAGGGCUCCAGGAUUUGUGAGGGAGAAAAGGAUAUUGUUUGUAGGCUGAGACAUCAGUCAUGUUUUGAUAAAUGGGUCAGUUUUAGGACUUUCAGAAAAUAAAAGAUCACUCUUGAGAGACUGUU